UGUGAUCCAGUCUUUUUCAGUGAAAGUUUGCAAAGAGUCGCGGGAAUGGAUAUGAUUUACAUAUGGUUUUGCGGACUGUGCAUGGUCAGUCUGUCACUGUACGCAAAGCCCUUCACCACAGUCCAGUACAAGUCUACAAAAGCCCUCCCAGCAGAGAACCGGAGCGCGAGACCUGCGCGGAAUGAAACGGUGGAGGCGCGAGGGUCCAACAGGUCUCGCGCUGCGAAGGAACCGCACGAGCUGAACGCGAACGCCAAGGGAGCGAAACAGCGACCGGCAUCGGGCGAUCAGUCCAAUUCACGCAAAAAACAGCCCCCUAAAAACAGAGAAAAACGGAAAAAUUGCUUCGGUUUCAAGAUGGAUAGAAUCAGCGAUAUCAGUGGAAUGGGCUGUAAGAAUGACUGACGUGCACGUGCAGUGAUGAGCAGAAAUGGACUAAUAUCCCAAUGCAUCAUGGAUUCAUCUAAUGAGUUGAUGGGACAUAUACUCUAAAAAAAAAAGUUUCUACAAUAAUUAUUUACAUCAACCAUCGUCUUAUCAUGAACAUUUUUCGCUGUAAAGAGAUUAAGUUCUUGAGGAUGUGACAUCUUUAAACCACCAUUUGGGACUUUUUUG